AUGAAAAUCAACGCAAUCAGGUCGGAGUUCUUAAGACAGGGAGCGAUGCAAUCCAGUAUUAGUCCGAAUCGAUCCAAAUCGCAUAGCGUUUGGCUGAAGUAUCUGGACAAAAUGGAGUCCAAGGUUCGGGAAAUGAAUUUGGGAGAAUCGGCCAACCAAAUUAUGCUAAAGCUAUAUGAAGAUGCCUGCUCGUGGCUACCGGAACUGUGGACCGAUGAAACUUCACUGAUUAUAACUAUGCGAAGAGCUGCUCUUCUGCUUUACCAUGACAUUGAAAGCGGCUUGGCCUUAAUGUCCCUCUGUUCACUGAAUGCUCGGCGCAACCCGCGCCUUGCAGUUGCCGUUGCAUUCCACUACAGUAGGGCUGGUAAGCGGUAUUUCAUUUUCUAUGGAAUUUCCGUAGGAGAACGCUCACGGGCCAAGACGGUGCUGGCGACUGCGAAGAAGCAGGCCAAUUCUGUGGAUCAUGCUCUACUCUGUGGGGCCGAAAUGUUGUUGGAGUCAGGUGGUGAUUGGAAAACAGUUUUGGGUGCGCUUUACUACGAGCCACCCUACGAUGGAGAUCCUCAAUUCAAAGUGAAGAGAAAAUGGUUCACUUCGCUCAGGAUUUGA